AUGAGUCGCGGCGGAAAACUUGCCCCCGAAGUGAACCGAGCUCUAUUCGUCAAGAACUUGAGCUACAACGUAACCCCCGAAGAACUCUUCGACCUCUUUGGCAAGUUUGGCCCGGUGCGCCAAAUUCGCCAGGGCAUCGCCAACAACACCAAGGGCACCGCAUUCGUAGUCUACGAGGACGUCAUGGACGCGAAAUCGGCCUGCGACAAGCUCAACGGCUUCAACUUCCAGAACAGAUACCUUGUCGUGCUAUAUCACCAGCCAGAGAAGAUGGCGCGAUCGAAAGAAGACCUCGCCGAGCGCCAGCAGAACCUAGAAAACCUCAAGAAGCAACACGGUAUAGAAUAA